AUGCCUGGAUCAAAUACCAAUUCCACGACGAAUACCAAACAAGCGAAAAGUGGGAAGCUGAAUCCUCUCUGGUACACUUAUGCUUGUGCGACGUUGGUCGCUGCUGUAGUUUUGGGUAAUCUUUUGAGGUACAUGUUCCUAGAUUGGUCAGAUCCAUAUCACUGUUCUGCUCUACUCAACUCUGGGACAGGUAAAUGGUUGGAUCCUGGAACAUGGAGGAAUUGGCAACCUGAAGGAUGCUUCCAUUUACCUCUAUCCGGAGCGAAAUUCCAGAAAUGUCUUUCCAUACCAGGAGCCAACACUCCCAAAUCACCUUUCGCCUCGUCAUAUGACCAGAAACGUACGGCCCUCUUUGUGGGUGACUCAACCGUUCGACAACUGUAUUUCGCGGCUGCUAGGACAGUCGGAGGGGUAUCAAAGGCCUGGGAGGUGGAGGGGGAAAAACAUACAGAUAGAAGUUUAUCUUUAGUUGAUCCAGAUGGGAACGGGCAAUUGGAGUUGGAAUUUUGGUGGGAUCCAUACUUGAACACCAGCAAGACUGCUUCAUUACUAUCAGGUGGAAGAUCUGAACCUGCCUCUUUACUUGUGAUGGGCUCAGGAUUAUGGUAUCUUCGGAAUCCCUCUUCGGGUGGUUUGGCAGCUUGGGGAGGAAUGAUCCAUGAUACGUUUGAAUCACUCAAGGAAAAUCAAGGAUCACCCAAAACGGCAUUGAUGAACCCUUGGGACGACAUGAGGUUGGGAUCAGGUGUGAUCUUACCUGGAUUACUACCGCUCGACUCUUCAGCUCCAACUAUCGAAUAUCGACGUUCUCUCAACUCGAAUCUUACCAGUCGGGAUACACGAGUCGAACGUAGAGCGAUGGACUUCUCAAUUGCCGAUUCAGUCAUCUUCUUACCUAUACCUAAUCCGGUACAUGAGAAAUUAUCACCUUCAAGAGCAGAGACGAUCAUGCACACCGACGUAGAAGCUAUGAAUGCCGAUUUAUACGCUCGACUCACUCACCCUGAUCCACCUCCUGUGAUCAUCCCAUCGGUAUUGAACGAUCUGCUGGUAGAUGAAGAGACGGAAGAUGGAUUACAUUUUUCAGAUAAGAUUAUGAACAAACAGGCUGAAUUGCUGUUAAGUUGGAGAUGUAAUGAUAUAAUGAGGAAAGAUGGUGCGACGGGAACUUGCUGUAAACGAUAUGAUUGGACUGCACCGGUUCAGACGUUGAUAUUGUUCUUAUUGGUCAUUUGGGCUCCUGUGGGCAUGUUGGCCGCUUCGAGAUUACCCUCUUCCUCACCUAUAUUGACCUACCUCCCUUCAUCGAAUAUCGCUCCUGCACUCAGUACUUUCGGAUUAGCCAUGGGUUAUCUGUUCAUAGCGGAUCGAACGACGGUCUUCCUCAAGGAACAGAAAGAUUACGAUGCUAUGAUAUUUGGUGGUUUGACAUUCGCAGCUUUGGUCGCCGGUCUAGCGACAAUGAAGAAUGGCGGAAAAGACUUAGGGUUCCUGAAUAGGGAUAUAACGGAUGAAUGGAAAGGAUGGAUGCAGAUUGCUAUUCUGAUUUACCACUUCUUCGGUGCUUCGAAGAUAUCGGGCAUAUAUAAUCCUAUCAGAGUAUUGGUAGCGUCUUACUUGUUCAUGACUGGAUACGGUCAUUUCUUCUUCUACUACAAGAAAGGCGAUUUCGGGUUCCAGCGAGUAGCCAUGGUCCUUGUCCGACUCAACCUUCUCUCGGUCGUACUACCUUACACGAUGAAUACAGAUUACGCUUUCUACUACUUCGCUCCUUUGGUCAGUUGGUGGUAUAUCAUCAUCUACUUUACCAUGAUGAUUGGAUCGAAAUACAAUGAGAGACCAACAUUCUUAGUCGCCAAGCUAUUCGCCUGUGCGGGUCUAGUCACACUUUUCAUGCACUACACCUUCCUCAUGGCAUACAUCUUCAAGGCACUCAAUGCCAUCUUCCGAAUCGAAUGGUCAGCGAAAGAAUGGUCCUUCCGUGUGACAUUGGAUCUAUACAUCGUCUGGGCGGGUAUGUUCUGUGCCUACGGAUACAUCAAGAUGAAAGAAUACCAAAUACCCGAACGACCUUGGUUCAACACUGCCAGAACGGCUACGAUGGUAGGAUCAGUAUUGGGUAUGAUAUGGUAUUUCUGGUUCCAGCUAUCCCUAGAAAACAAGUUUAUCUACAACAAUUACCAUUCGGUUGUUUGUAUCAUACCCAUCAUGGCUUUUGUCUUCUUACGAAACGCCAGUCCAUUACUACGAUCUACCUCAUCAAGAUUAUUCUGUUUCAUCGGACAAUGUUCCUUGGAAACAUUCAUUCUCCAAUUCCACGGCUGGUUGGCUUCCGAUACCAAAGCGAUAUUAUUAGUUGUUCCAGCGACUCGAUGGAGACCUGUUAAUCUGGUGAUUUCGAGUAUAUGUUUCAUCUGGUUGAGUUAUAGAGUAUCAGGUGCUACGGGCGAAAUUACCGAAUAUUUAGUUGGAAAAAAGAAGAACCUACCUUUACCUGUUACAUCCACCAAUGGUAGUGCUAGUGUCGCUACCACCACAGCUGGUGGAAAUGGAACGACGAGCGCGGUCGUACAUGCCGUUGUGGAAGGUCCUAAAGACGGUGCGGAAGGUGGUAUACCCGAGAGUAUACCCUUGAUGAAUCAGGCUAAAAAGGAGAUACCAGGAUUGGAACUACCACAGAGUGAAGGUAUGGAACGAAGGGAGAGUUGGCCAGCUUGGAUGGCAGCUACUGCCGCGUCAAUGACUGGCCGACCAUCUGUAGCGGGUUAUCAAGCGACAGAUAGACAAUGGAAAGAUCAGACUUUAUUGAGUAUCAUAACCAACAUACGCACUUUGGCUCAACAACAUAAUUCAAUCAAAUUAGGUUUGAUCUUGAUUGGUUUAUGGGUAUUGAAUUGGUUAUACUAG